CUUGACCCUAAGGCCCAGAUAAUGCUUCUUCUUGGAAGAGAUAUCCUACGGGUCCACAAAGCAAGGGACCAGAUAAAUGGUCCUCACAAUGCACCUUAUGCUCAGAAGCUAGACCUUGGAUGGGUCAUCAUAGGUGAUGUAUGCCUGGGAGAUGUACACAGGCCAACCAACAUCAACACUCUGUAUACUAACACAUUAGAGAAUGGCCGCCCUUCUCUUUUUCAACCAUGUCCAAAUCGCUUUCUGAUUAAAGAGAUUCAGAAUAACGCUUAUCUAACCAACCUCUUAGGAGAGAGCUAUCCCUGCGCUAAGGAUGAUGAUCAUUUGGGUUGCAACGUGUUCCAGAGAUCCAAAAAUGACAAUCAACUUUCCCUUUCCAUAGAGGACAAAAUCUUCCUGGAAAUCAUGGAUCAAGGUCCAGACCUCAACAACAAACUCUUGGGGGUACUCAUACGUUUCCGCAAAGACCCUAUUGCCUUUAUAGCAGACAUCCAGCAAAUGUUCCACAGCUUUCUUGUGAGAGAAGAUCAUAGGAACUUCUUGAGAUUCUUCUGGUUCAGAGACAAUGAUCCAGCGAAAGAUGUCCUAGAGUACCGCAUGAAAGUGCAUGUGUUUGGAAACAGCCCUUCCCCUGCAGUGGCCAUAUAUGGGCUCAGACGGUCUGCCCAGGAAGGAGAAGUUGACUAUGGCAGAGAUGUCACACAAUUUGUUGAGAGAGACUUUUAUGUAGAUGAUGGUCUGAAAUCAUCACCCUCUGAGGAGACAGCAAUCAGUCUGCUUAAGAGAACACAAGACAUGCUAGCCUGUUCCAACCUCAGACUGCACAAAAUAGCCUCCAACAGCAUAGAGGUAAUGAAAGCCUUCCCUUCCCAAGACCAUGCUAAUGAUUUAAGAGACCUAGAUUUGGGUACAGACACAUUACCUGUACAACGCAGCCUUGGCCUAAACUGGGACUUGAAAUCUGACACAUUUACAUUUCAAGUGAACAAGGAUGAGAAACCCUUCACUCGCAGAGGAGUCUUAUCUACAGUAAAUAGUUUGUAUGACCCUCUAGGAUUUGCAGCUCCAGUGACUGUUCAAGGCAAAGCUCUACUACGAGAACUAACUGUGGAAUCUUGUGACUGGGAUUCCCCACUCCCAGCAGCAAAGGAACAAGUCUGGAUAGAAUGGAGAGACUCUUUAGGAGCAUUGUCUAGCAUUCAAAUUCCAAGGCAAUACACUUGUACUCCUGCUGCAGGAAUAAAAGAAAGGAAGCUUUGUAUAUUUUCCGAUGCUUCAACCGAAGCAGUAGCUGCUGUUGCCUACCUUAAGACUGUAGAUUGCAAAGGACAGUGCCACAUUGGAUUCAUUAUGGGUAAAGCAAAACUAACUCCACAACCUGAGCACACUAUACCCAGAUUAGAGCUAUGUGCAGCUGUGUUAGCAGUGGAAAUGGCUGAACUCAUCACUUCAGAAAUUGAUCUUCAACUAAGUGAGGCUGAAUUCUACACAGAUAGCAAGGUAGUGUUGGGCUACAUCUGCAAUGAGACCAGACGAUUCUAUGUCUAUGUAAGCAACAGAAUUCUGCGCAUACGGAGAUCAACACACCCAAAACAAUGGCACUAUGUACCUUCUGAGAAAAAUCCAGCAGAUCAUGCAACAAGAGCUGUACCCGCAGCUUGUUUAAAACAAACCUCCUGGUUUACAGGGCCUUCUUUCCUGUAUUCAUCUGAACAGAAUGACCCUGCUGAUGGGUAUGAACUAAUUGAUACAACAUCUGAUCCAGAGAUUCGUCCACAAGUAUCUACACUCUGCACUGAUACUUCAAGUAUGCACCUUGGGUCUCAUCGCUUCAAGAGGUUCUCCACUUGGAAGUCUCUAGUCAGAUCUAUUACCUGUCUGCUUCAUAUAGUGAAGUUCUUCAAGAAGGGUUUCCCUUCAACAUCCAACUGCAAAGGCUGGCACUACUGUCAAAGGGCACAUACCGUUGAUGAACUUGAGCAAGCCAGAAACAUCAGUCUUCUAAGUGUACAGCAGGAAACAUAUGCUAAAGAGCUUGAGUGUAUCAAAAGCAAAAAGGCUAUUUCCAAAGACAGUGUGUUAAAGAAACUUGACCCAUUUAUUGAUGAAAAUGGCUUACUGAGAGUUGGUGGUCGCAUCAUGAAAGCUACACUUGAACAAGAAGAGAAAAACCCACUGAUAAUUCCCAGCAAUCAUCACAUUGCAUCUUUACUUGUUCUACAUUAUCACCAACAGACAAGACACCAAGGACGUCUGUUUACAGAAGGUGCCCUGCGUGCAGCAGGAUUCUGGAUAGUUGGAGCAAAGAAACUUGUAAGUAGUGUUAUCUUCAAAUGUGUCACUUGCAGGAAACUUCGUGGCAUGUUUCAGACUCAGAAAAUGGCUAAUCUGCCAGCAGACAGACUUAGUACUGAACCUCCAUUUACAAAUGUUGGCCUUGAUGUAUUUGGCCCCUGGUCUGUGACUUCACGCCAUACUAGAGGGGGUCACGCUAAUAGCAAACGCUGGGCAGUAAUGUUUACUUGUUUGAGUAUCCGGGCAGUACACAUAGAGGUUAUUGAAUCCAUGGAUACUUCCAGUUUUGUCAAUGCUCUCAGGAGAUUCAUAUCAAUUCGAGGGCCAGUGAAAAACAUUUACUCUGAUAGAGGGACUAAUUUUGUGGGAGCCUGUAAAGAGCUAAACAUUCCUUCAAACAUUGACAAAAAUCUUGUUGAAAAAUACUUGUCUGACCAAGGUUGUGCAUGGACAUUCAACCCUACUCAUUCUUCCCACAUGGGAGGUGCUUGGGAAAGGAUGAUAGGAAUAGCACGCAGAAUUCUUGAUUCUAUGUUCUUACAGGAAGGGUCAACAAGGCUUACUCAUGAGACUCUCACUACUUUCAUGGCAGAAGUAGCAGCCAUUAUGAAUGCCAGACCUUUGACCUCUGUAUCCAAUGACCCUGAGGAUCCCUUCAUACUUACUCCAUCCACCUUGCUUACUCAAAAGGUCAGUACCAUCAAAGCUCCUCCUGGUGAGUUUGAUACCAAAGACUUAUAUAAGCGCCAGUGGAGACAAGUUCAAAGUCUUGCUAAUACCUUUUGGGACAAAUGGAAGAAGCAGUACAUCUUCACCUUACAGUCUAGGAAUAAGUGGCAGUCUGACAAACAGAACAUUGAACCUGGCAACAUUGUUCUCAUGAAAGACUCUCAGAUCAAGAGAAAUGAGUGGCCUCUAGGACUUAUCACCAGAGUUUUCCCAAGUGAGGAUGGAAAAGUCCGGAAAGUGGAGGUCAAGGUUGUAAGGCAGAAUGAGACUAAACUUUUCCUUAGACCUAUAUCUGAACUAAUCCUAUUGCUUUCUUCCACAGAACUUUCAAAUGGGUGAUAUCUUACAGUAUCAGACGGGGAGUGUUAUGCCUCCAGCACUGUUUUAUUGUUUUAUUGCACCACCUUGUGGUUUCUUGAGGUAUAUGUUUUGAUUGU